AGACUUGUAUGAACUGCGCUCAUUUACUUUAAAAAGUAAAAAGAAAGGAAAUAUAUUCUGUGAAUUACAGGGAACUACUGGAGACAGGAGGGGAAAGAGAGCGGGGAGGAGGAUUUUCUUCAAAAGAAACCUUGAGGUUUAGCGUUGAGAGCAAGUUGGCCAAGCGUGGAGGUUGUCCUCUAUUAAGACUUACUGUUGCUGGUAGGAGCGGUGCCUUAUGUUAGCCAAAUCGCAGGCUGUGGUUUGGAGAUGUGGAUUCAGUGAGCAUUUGCUUUAAAUUUAUGCAUAUUACUUAAUUAGUACUUCAAAUUUCAUGUCUCUUUAAAUGAUGAUGUUUUGAAAUCUAAAAAAAAAAAAAGGCAUGGCUUGUUAAGCAUCAUUGGUUUUUCCUCUCUCACAUUGGCAAGGGAGAUGUUGAUAUUCGUUUGGUUCUUUAUUUGAACUAUUUUUUUUCUGGCUAGAGAGAUUUGAGAGAGAAGAUAGUGGUAUAAUUCUCCUCUGGUUUUGCUUAGCUAGGGGAGUUUGUCUGGAGAUCUUAUUAUCAGAUUUCCAUUUCCAGGGCUGGAGAGCAAGAAUGGAUUGCAGUUUGCUUGGCCAGACUGAAUAUUGGCUUUUGUCUAAGUGGGUCAGGAUAGAUUGGGGGGAAGAAUGGCGUUUUCAGUAGAAAAGAGAUUUAAAUUGUCAGGAGGGAGACCUUUCUUAAUGAGAAAUGGCACAUCAUCAGCUUUGGAAAAAUCUGUAUGGAAAUAAUUCACGCUAUUUAAUUUCUCUGUUCUUUGCAGGUGUUCCAGUUUGUAUGCAGAGGUCCUUCCCAUUGUUUUCUCAGCAACCCAGCCUGGUAGUCUGUGCCUUUUAAGUAGAAGCUAUAAGGAGUGUGAUGUAGAUGACUGAAAUAUGUUGUAAAUAUUUUAUAUAGUAUGUAUAUUAUAUAAAACAAAAGUGUUUUUGAGGUGGGGAUAUUCUCUGCAAACAGUUCUUUUUUUUUCCUGUUUAUCAGUCAGUGCAUUGAAUGCAUUACUGGUGUUUCAACAAAUUAUAUGGGAUUCUCUUUCUGACACCUUGGGCAAACUGGUGUUACUGAUAGUAAGGGAGACCGUGAUCAAGAACUAUUAAUUGCAAAUGUCUCUCUUAACCACUGGUUUCUGGUUUUUAUUAUAGGAUACUUCUUGCAUAUCAGGCAUUGGGUAACUGUUGGUUGGGACAAAAUACCAGUGUAGAUGAGAGUCAAUAUUGCAUGUUUAGGAUGCUGAGAAACAAAUCGCUUUACUCUUGGUAUAGACUGUUAUCAAUCAUUGACUCAUUUAAACAUCGUCAUUUUUGCAUCGUAUUUAAGUUGAGAGUUGGAUGUUUUGAAGCGUAGGCUGUUUUCUGCUGGGUGUAGUGUUUGUGACAGCUGUGGGCUUAACCAAAUGCAAGUUAGGGGAGGGCUAAGCAGAGUGUAAAUGAUGACAGUCAGGGUCAGAGAUGGAAAUUGGUAUACUCAUUCUGGAAGGGCAUCCUACAUCUUUCCUGAAUGUCCCUGGUUACCUGAAUUAGAGAAAGAUAAGUAGACACAACCUCCUGAUUAAACAUCUCUUUUAUUUCUUGUUAAUGACUCUUGUAUUUCUCUCAAGGUAAGCACCUAGUUUUCAUAGACCAGCAAAGUAGUGACUUGAGACUGCAUGUAGUCCCUUUCCUUGGGCACCUUGUGGAAAAAACAGUUGUAGAGAAGUAGGAAGUAUUCCUGACUUUGUGUCUUAUAAAUAGGCUGGAAGCGGAGGGGAUAAGCCUGCAUCACACAAGUGAGUUCACCAUGGACUUUCUCCAUAUUGUGUGGUUAAUGCAUGGACCACCCUUAGAGCUGUGUUUUAAAUCUUCCAACAUAACAAGUGUUAGGUUAACACAUAUGAAAGCCAGGAGAAACCACAUUCUUGAGGGUUAUGUGGAACCAUAGGUUUCUAUAACCUCUUAAAGCACAGAAGACAUUUGGAAGAUUACUUUGAACCCAAAUUUUCAUCUACUUGGAGUGAGUAAUAAACUCGUAAAUACAUUUAAUAUAUCUCAGUUACUGCACUUCACAAUCAAAAUUCAGAGUUGUGCAUCUGUUUCACGCAGUAUUGAAUUUGAACUUGAUUUUGACAUGGAACCAGAGAGGACUCUGCAUUCUUACAGAGUGAAGCGAUGCUUCUAAAAGAUUCUUUUGUAGAAGGGAGUAAUGAUCACAGAGAUGUCUCACUUAACCUUUUCACAUGCAGGUGGACGUUAAAUGUGACUUGGGGAUAGGUAGCUUGAGAAUUGAAGAGUUUAUGCUGCUGAGCUACUCCAUAGAACCAGAGUAAGAGUUAUCCUGAUGGAAAAAAGAGUCCAAGUCUCUCCACCAUUAACAAGAGGACCAAGUGCCUUUAUACCAGAGAAUGAGGUGAUGCAAGCAAAUGGUUUGGAUGAACGUACUAAUCUUCUUGUGGAAGAAUACUCUACAUCUGGUCGCCUGGACAACAUCACACAGGUCAUGAGUAUCCACACGCAGUACCUGGAGUCUUUCCUCCGCAGCCAGUUCUACAUGCUGCGCAUGGAUGGGCCUCUUCCUUUGCCAUAUAGGCACUACAUUGCUAUAAUGGCCGCUGCCAGACAUCAGUGUUCCUACCUAAUAAAUAUGCACGUUGAUGAGUUUUUGAAGACUGGUGGGAUUGCAGAAUGGUUGAACGGUUUAGAAUACAUUCCCCAAAGGCUGAAAAAUCUGAACGAAAUAAACAAACUCCUUGCACACCGGCCCUGGCUGAUCACGAAAGAGCACAUUCAGAAACUUGUCAAGACUGGGGAAAAUAAUUGGUCUCUUCCUGAACUGGUGCAUGCUGUUGUCCUGUUGGCACAUUAUCAUGCCUUGGCAAGUUUUGUAUUUGGUAGUGGCAUUAAUCCAGAGAGAGAUCCGGAUACAUCUAAUGGAGUCAGACUUAUAGCAGUCAACAACUUCUGUGUCUGUGAUCUUGCCAAUGACAACAACAUAGAAAAUGCAUCCCUCACAAGUAGCAACUUUGGGAUUGCAGAUUCCCUAAGUGAGCUGGAGGCCUUGAUGGAGAGGAUGAAGAGACUACAAGAAGAUAAAGAGGAUGAAGAAGCCUCUCAGGAAGAAAUGGACACUCGCUUUGAGAAGGAGAAGAAGGAGAGUCUGCUUGUAAUUAGCGGAGCAUUUGAUGAUGAAAUAGUUUCUACAGAUGUCUCCCGCUACGUUGAGGAUCCUGGGUUUGGGUACAAAGACUUUGCACGGCGAGGAGAAGACCAUCUGCCAACAUUCAGAGCUCAGGACUAUACUUGGGAAAAUCAUGGCUUUUCCCUUGUAAACAGGCUUUAUUCUGAUAUUGGGCAUCUCCUCGAUGAGAAGUUCCGGAUGGUGUAUAACCUCACGUAUAACACUAUGGCAACACAUGAAGAUGUUGAUACAACUACGUUAAGAAGAGCUUUAUUUAACUAUGUCCACUGUAUGUAUGGAAUCAGGUAUGAUGACUAUGAUUAUGGAGAAGUUAAUCAGCUACUUGAACGCAGCCUGAAGGUUUACAUAAAGACAGUGACCUGCUACCCGGAGAGAACUACCAAGCGCAUGUACGAUAGUUACUGGCGUCAGUUCAAGCACUCGGAGAAGGUUCACGUCAAUCUACUUCUAAUGGAAGCUCGUAUGCAAGCAGAACUUCUGUACGCCCUUCGUGCCAUAACUCGUCACUUAACCUGAAGCAUUCACUGGGAGGGAGUAAAGGAAUUUUUACUGAGUAUGUAAAGACCUUUUGAAAUAGAUACACACCAGAAGCUGUUUGUGAUGUAGCAUCAGGUUAUUCGAUUCUAUAGUGUCAAAGUUUAGCCGUGUUUCUUGACGGCUGUAAUGUGCAAUGACGUGUUUUAUUUUCUUGAUGCUUAACAUUACUAAUGAUAACAAAAGUAACACUGAGGAGCACUACUCUGCAUUGUUUCCAGUUGGAUUUCUGCACGGUGGUCAGAAUCCUAAAACUCUUUUUAUUAUAUUCAAUUCUAGCGCUUUGUUCUUUAAGCAAGGGAGUGAAGUGCUUAGAGACUUCUUUUCCAAGCAAUCAUUUUUCAGAUUAGUGGAGUCCAGCAGAAGAUCGGUUCUGCCUGUUCUGAGAGCGUGCCACCAGCUCAUAACUCUGACAGAGAUGCACGUGCUGUGUUGCAUUGAAUUGCCCACUGGAUUCUUCUGUGUCUCCUGGAGACUGCCUGCCAGUCACUGUCUUACUACAGCAAUUGAAGGUGAUGUGAAAUGUGGAUGCAAAACCUUGACCACGCUUUAAUGUGAAAUUAAUCAUGACAAAUUCUACAGCAUGCUACUGAAGUGCAAAAGUCAUCUGCUUUAUCGUGUCUCUUCCCGAGAGGAGAGCCCUCACAGUUUGCCAUUUCAGCCACACUUAACUGUGUUGGAAUCAUGCCUAAUCUUGUUUUACUGACAGCCACCCUCAGUUGUCUUUACAAUGUCCAUGCUCAUCACACGUUGCAGUUUGUUGAGUUGGCACCUAUAAAGCUGAUAAACAGGCUGACCAAAAAUAGGGUUGUUGGGUUCUUGCACUCUCUUCUUUCUCAAUGUUAUAAGUAAGGAAAGUAAAGGAAGGCUAGCGUAUCUGUUCCGUCGUAUUGGAUGUAUAGGAAUUUAUUUCCCAUAACUUCUUCAUAGCAUGAAAUUUUAAUAUUCAAAGCUUAAAAAGUUUCUAUGCAUUAGUGUGGGUGAACAAAAGAAAAGUGCAAUAUUAAAAAAAAGCAAGCUUUUUUCCCUAUCAUGUCACUGCUAAAGUGUCCUUCUUCUAUAGCCAUAAAGAAAUUGUAAAACCAAAUUUCUUUAUUGUCUAAGGCCUAGCAGUUUUGUUUUAGCUUUCGUGGCUUAAGACAACCUGAUACUGAGAUGCCAAAGCAUCCCCAAAGCAAAGCAUUCUUAGACAACUGGUAAUAUUGGGGAAGGGAAGAAAUAAGCUGCCAAAAAUGUCACACUUUUGUGCUGUUUUCUGUUGCUUUUGACUAGUUUUAAGAGCACAAAAUGCUGAUAUUUAUAGCUUUAUUUUGUAUUGCAUUUAAUGAACCAGUGAAGUGCCUAAAGAGAUGCUUAAGCUUACCCAGUAGGAUGUAAGUUGUCACUGCAUAAACUUUUGCCUCUCGGUUUGGACUUUCCAUAGUACUUUGAGGAGAGUGACCUUUCUUUCUGUUGCAUACACGCAGAGCUAGCUGGAUAGGUUUACUUUUAAUAUUCCACGGUAUUUUAGGAGAUAGUACAGGAUUUCUAUCUGCUGAUUACAGCAUAGUUCUUGAAAAACGAUGCUAUUACCAGUGCAGUCAUACUUUGCAUUGAGAAAAUCAUGGACCAGUAUGCAGCUGAAGGUGGUUUGCUUCCCUUUUCCCGAGGCUGUGCCGUGACUUCGCAUGUCGGUUUCUCCGCUCUGUCCAUCUGCUCCAGGUGGGAAGGCUGAAUGACUGUACGCCCGGCUGCGCUUUCCAACUGCAGGCCCUGCAUGUGGACAGCUUUUGAGGAAGAAAUCAGUAAUUUUUCUUUCUUUCUGAAAUGUAACGUUGGCUAUUUAGACAGCUACCUGGUAGACAGCAUUAGAGUCUCUUCUAGAGAGAUCGCCGGAUAAGACAUCAGAUGUGUUUAUUUUUAUAGCUGACUGCAGAGAUUCCUCAGAAGCGUUAGGACAUGAGGAUGUAUGAACUUAGGUUAACCUUCUUAUUCCUACCUAUUGUAACUGUAGUGGCCGCACUGAAUGGCUUUUGUGCAUACAGCAGGUCUUUUGAGAGGCCUCGUCAUGCAAUACUUCUGCUUCUCUUUUCAAGUGAUGAGAACUGUACAGUACUACUUUAAAUCCCUUUGCUUUGAAAAGUCAAGUAUUUCUCAAGAAGCACAGCUGAGCUCUGGAAAGGAGGUGAAACUACAUUUGGGUAAGGAAUAUGACCACUUAGUUUCCCUUCAGAAAUGCGAAGGCUCUUAGAAUAGGUUGGGUUUUGUGUUUGGAAACAUGAGUGCCUUUACUUCUUUCCUUAUGAAAUAGACUUGCCAACUCGGAUGCCUUCUGAGCAAAGUACAUGAGCAGAUUUGAAAUACAGAAACCAUAAAUGGAUCGCUCCAUAAAAUUUGUAGUAAAUCAGUAAUCUUUUUCUUUAAGUGCCAUAUCAAGUCACAUAUGGCCUGCGAGACAUUCCACUGUAGGAAAUGUCAAGUAGUUUGCUAUUCCUUUUUUUUUUUUUUUUAAUAUUAAAAGCAAACUUGAAACUUCUGAAAAUGUUUUCCAUGUGGCAUUUUUUUUUCCAGACUAUUGCAUUUACAGCAUAACAGUUUAUAGCUUAGUUUUUAUACUCAGAUUUAUGAUUUUUAAUAGACGUUUGUUCAGAAUAGAUCUUUAAAGUCAUACAGUUCUACCAUAUGCUUCAUGCAUGCUUUGGGCUCACACUGUGCCAAAUUUUCACGUGCAAAUGUUCUUGGAUUCUUUGCAUUUUGAAAGCACUCGUGAAUGUGAAUCUUCACGCUUUGAUCAUUAAUAUUAUUCUGAAGAGUACAGUAAUUGUUGGAAGUGUAGAUACCCUCUAUCUGUGUUCCUUUAUUGGAAUUGAUAUUUACCAGCAUUAAUGUUAGUGCACAAAAUCCCAGCUGUGACCAACAUCAAACAAAGUGUGCAGUCUCCUGCCUCUGAAGAGAAAGCUCGUUAGGUACAAAUUAACUAGCUAGCACAGAGAAUGUAAGUAGGGAAUAGAGCUUUUGAGCUGGGACAGCUUCUUAUCAUUGCAGAAUCACUGUAAAAUGUGCGUUCUGAUUGAUGGAGUACCCCUGCACGUAGCAGGGGGGUUGAAACUCAAUGAUCAUUGUGGUCCUUUUCAACCCAUUCUAUGACUAUGAAAUUGAUCCUUUUUUUUCUUGGUAAUGAAGAGAAGUGGAAAAGAUACUAAUUGGAGGAAACAUUUGCAUUUGCCAGAAUACUCUGCCCACAGCUGGACAUCACAAGAGUGUCAUCAUGCUGGAACAGAGACCAUUUCAAACGAAGAUAGAAUUUGGGAGCUAGCUAUUGAAAGAGGUGUUGAGGUAGCCUAUGGAAAUUUCGGUAAGCUGUAGAUGGAUUUAUUUUUAGUGGUUCAAAAGUCCUAAAGCCUUCUUUAAAAUGAAGAGGAUGUACGUUCAGCUUUAAGAACUAGCAGAUUGCCACAUCAGCUCUUCCCAUGUAUUAAAAAAGUCCUUAAAGCACAGGAAAAUCCAUGAUUAUAAACAACUAUAAAUGUAGGCCUCGGUACAAAUUUAGAACAGAUUAGAGUAGCAGAGAAAGGAACACAUUUUGCUUCUCUCUUACUUGAGUGCAGAAGGUCACAACGCCAGAUUCUUCAGUAGUAGUUUUGCUCAUAGCAGUACUGAGAGAUGCUUUCAUGGAACUGGGGAAGAUGGGCAUGUUGCCAGAGUUUCAGUGGGAAUUGAAGCUAACUGAGCAUUCAGCAAAAUUCUGCAAGGUGCCCACUUGCAUUUUUGAGUGAGAUUUUUAUAGAUACUUAAUCACCUACGUUCAAUAGAAUACAAGCAGUUUCCAUAGAGAUUAAGGGAAUAAUAUAAAGCAGAUCCAUGUGAUUUGCAGCAAUUGUUAACAAAAUGGCUUUUUGGGGAGGCUUAAAAUAGAGAAAUCUUUCCAAAAUAGAGAAAUCUUUCCAAAAGAAGUUAAGCUGUAAGCUGCUGCUCCUGCAAAACAGGUUUUUGUUUUUCAUGCAUGUGUGUUUUCCAUGGACAUGGACAUGCGUUUCAGGCUCAUAUUCCACAGUUUGGACUCCCUUUUUGAAGAGCUGGAUUAUUUCACCUCUGCUUGCAAAAAUCAGCUGCCAUUAGCAAAUGGAUAGCUUGUGCCAGGACUGAAGAGUUUUGGCCAGGUGAAUAUAUUCCAGAUCUUCUUAAAUUCAAGUGAUUUUCUUUCAGAUGCUUUCCUUAGGUGUUCAGAUCCUUCUCCACUAAAUAAGGGAUGAUGUUGCACAAAAUGGAGGUGGGGUUGGAUUCAUAGUAAAGGAACUUUCCCUGAAUAUAUCUGUUAAAAUUGGUUUGCCAUUAACUGUCAUUCCAAGAGCUGGACAAAAAUUGACAGUUUUCCCCAUCUGAGCUUUUGAUUUAUUCUUCCUAAUGUAACCAACAUGGUAUGGUGGUCUAAAGAGAUGCACCCAACAGUUCUUUCACCUUUGGACAUUUUAAAUGAAGCUUUUCCUCUGCAGUUGAAAAUUAAUUUGACACUUCAUACCUACUGCAUGGAUCACAGUGGUGGGAGAUGGAAAUAGCACAGUAGCAUGAGGAAACCUGAGGUGCGUCUUGAACAGUGUUAAUUUAUUUCUUAGAGCAAGUUUUCUUGCCUUGCCAUGAUGCAGCUGCUCCCUCAGUGCACAUCAGAUCUCUCUUGCAGGCAUUUAAUCCUUCUGCUGCUCACCAGAGGCAAAAACCGUUGUUUUUCAGCCUGCUGCCACCACCCCACCUUACAUGCUUCCUAUCAUCCCAACUUGCAGAGACAGCCUUGCAGCCAUAACCUUGUAAAACAGUGUAAAACAACAUACAGUUCUUACAUUACCAUCCAUUGCUGAGUUCAGAGGACCUUCCUCCUGUUCAGAAACACUUAAUUCCAGGAUCGGGUUAUUUCUGGGCAGGAAAUCUAAAUCUAGUGUAAAGUAUGACACUUAGUACUUGCUUAAAACAUUGAAGUAGUUUCUGCUAGUAUUGCAUCAAGUUCCACCUGUGGAAUUAGGGGAAUAACCCAGUGGAUUCACUGACAAAAUGCUUUCUUUGGCAAAACACACAAAGGCUCAGAGAGCCUUUGAGCUGGGCAGGCUUCUUACAGGGAGUUGUCAUGGGAAUUUUGAGUUGCUUGUGUGCAGUGUGGAUGGGAGUGGGGCAGGCACCAACAGGGCCCUUCUCAGCUGCUCUUUGUGCUCCCCGUAGUUGGACAGAUGCAGAUGGCCUUCAGAACAAAUGGAUUUGGGGUUUUUCAUUUAUUCGAGGGAUAACUCCGAUUGCAAACUUAGAGUAGUUACUUGAGAUGCAGACACAUUUGGGUGUUGAUCAGAGCUCAUGGAAAAUAGGAAUCCAAAUUCUGCCUUUGUUCUUUAUGAUAGGUCAAGCCAGUAUUUAAGUUGCCAAUGAAUAUACUUAUUGUGGGCAGAAGCUCUUGCUGUAGGAGUCAGAAACAGGCUUUCUCGAGGGGAUGCACCUGGUAUAGGAGAAUGUUGACGCUUGGGUCAGUUAGAGAAGCUUCACUGAUGUGUCUGAAAGGUUUGUAUGUAUAUCUAUGUGUAGAGGAGGCAGUAAGAAAUACUUUUUUCCAAGAUUUCCUCAGAUGAAACCCUGAGCUGCUCUGGAAAGCUUUUCCCUUUUCUUACUCCAUGGAUGGAGAGGGGAAGGGAACCUUUCUCAUGUGGUUGCAUAAAGCAUGCUCCUCAUUCACCACUCCAUGCUCAUGCCGUGCCACCAGACGCAAACCAGCCUUCCUUUCCGCUUCCCUCCCCAUCCAUUGCCAGGUGAGUGGGGCUGCGGAGGGCUGGAGGCCCCAGAGAAGUGGUGGGUGCCCCAUCCCUGGAGGCAUUCAAGGCCAUGUUGGAUGGGAUCCUGGGCUGCCUGAUCUGGUGGAUGGCAAUCCUGCCCACGGCAGAGGGACUGGAACUGGGUGGGCUUUAAGGUUCCCUCCAACUUAAGCCGUUCUAUGAUUCUGUUUUCCUAUGAGACACUCCAGCAUCCAGGGCAAAAAGAUGUUCCCACAGGGAAACCAAAAUGAUUAGGCUGCAUCCCUUGGACUCUGUGAGGCACAGGCACCAAUAUUCCACGCCUAUUGAUCGGAACUGGAUAUAAAUGGUAGCUUAAAAAAAAAAAAUAGGAAUUCUGUAAACUUGAAAUCUCUCAGUUUUACCCUUUCUCCUCUUGCUGGAGAGCUAUAUAAUGAAUGUAUAUGCUUUAUCUUUCUAUCUGACAUAACUGAAAAUCAGACUGCCAACUUCUUGUUUUGUAUUAGCCUCUUUUUUUUUUUUUUUUUUAAGGAAAAAAAAAGUUUGUGAGCAAUAUAUGUAGCAUGCUGUGAACGUCUGUUUUUGAUCUUUAUAGUUACUCUUUAAUUCAUCAGUAUUAACACCAGUUCUUUUUUUGUGUUUCCCUUGGUACUUUGUACGCAGUGUAAUCAGAAGCUGUGAUGGGCUCUGCAGUCCCGUGCUUUGUUACUGUAACUCCUUGAUUUCUAUGAAGCACCUGACUGUGGGCCACUGGGCGGGCAGUGCGGCCGUACACCACUGCCACUUUUCAAUCUCUUGUACUAUGUAUAGUUUUAAGUAGAAUAAGCUUUUUAACAGAAUAUUGAUGCGGUUUAUGAUUCACACCGGCUGCGAGCGUCUGGUGAGUGAGAGUCUUUGUAUUUAUAGUUGUUGGGGGGGUUUUGUUCUGUUGUUUUGUUUUUUUGUUUUUUUUUUUAAUUCAUAAGGUAGCAAACUUGAUAAACAUAGCCACUUUAAACUGCUCGUGCUGAACACACCCUGCUGUAGGUGGAAUACCACUGUCGAUGCGGGAGGAGCUCCGGCAGUGCUGAGCUGGCAUUGCCCGGCCAUGUUGGGCCAUGGCUGCGCAGGCCAUAGCUGCGAGGCCCGGCCCUCCUCGCCUCAGCAGGCCGCUUCAUCUCCUCUGCACAGAGCACCCUGAGUGCUGUGGAAGCCUUGCUGGCGAGGAGGGACAGACAGACAGGCAGACAGAUGGCCCAGCGCCUGGUCAGCCCGCCAGGCCGAGGUGGGGAGCGUAGCUCCCAAGUCUCUCUGCAGUACACAGGCGGGCCUCUGGUUUGACGGCCACAAAGGCUGGCUCGCUUAGGGCAGCAAUUGCUCCCCAUUCAGGUGGUUCUCCGGAGACAGCCUUGGUCUGAGCCUCCUGUCAGCAGCACGGUGCAGGGCCAUCCCGGCAGGAAGGCAGCUCCCUGCUGACCGCAGCUCUCCCCUCUGGAGGGGGAGCGCCUCGUUCCACAGCUGCUGCCAGCUCUGCCCUGUCUGGGGACAGAAGGAGAAAGACAAAGCUCUGGUCCUGCUGCUCCGUCCCACCACAUCCCCUGCAGCUCUGCUCUCUGCAGGGCGAUGGGUGGCACAGGGACACGUCCCUGCAUUGUCCCUUGUCCCUCUGGGCAGAGCUUGCGGGGUCUGUGCUGUAGCGGAGGUUUGCCUGCAAGGCAUGGCAGCUGCUAGGAGUGAACUGUGGGUGUCCACAGCAGCUUUUACCAUUUUUUUUUCUGUUUUUGCUGAUUGGUAUUUUUUUCUCUUUAUUUUUUUUCCUUUUUUUUUUUUUUUUUUGCAGAGAACAGACUGACCUGGUGGGAUGGGGGGUUUUUUUGUGCGUGUGACUUUUUGUUUUAGUUUUUAAGUUACCCGACUUGAAUUUAUCUGAACAGAUGCAGAAGGAACUUUUUUUGUGAGUUAAGAGACAACAAUGCAUUUUUAAACAAAGGAAUCAUGUAUUAACAUUUUAACAGCAAUUCAUAAAUCUGCACUUUUUAUGAGGUUUUGAAAAAUCUAUUUAUAGGUACGGAACAAUGGGGUUUGUUUAAAACUGUAUUGCAUUUAUACUUGCUGAAAUUACUUUCAUUGUUAUCAGUAGGAAUUUCAUUGGUUAAAUAAAACUGAUAAAACCUG